AAAUAUUUCAGUCGGGAUAACUCUGUAGUGGCAGAAAAAGAAAUUCGUCAGUGUUGUGAUUUCAGCACUUUUUGUUGUGACAGUACAUCUUAGAACAAUAAAGGAUACAGCAACUUGCAGUUAUGACAGAGGAAGUUCAGAAGCAUUCUGUGCACACACUUGUGUUCCGAUCUCUGAAGAGAACUCAUGACAUGUUUAUAUCAGAGCAAGGAAACCCUCCAAUUCGAGAUGACAAGAGUGAUACCCUUUGGAGGAAGUUGAAGUUAAUUGAUGAGUAUGGGCCUGUGAAAGAUUUACCCAAGGAUGAUGGAGUGAAGAAACAACAGACGAAUGAUGUUAUCAGACCGUAUGGUGAAAGCACAUGGCCGGAGAAUCCAGAAAUCUCAGUUCAAGGGACACAUCCAUUCCCAAGUGGCCCAGGUGUUCAGCUGACCGAUACGACAGGCAAACAGGCUGAUCCCAGCUCAUCAGGCAGCAUGGAGAUGAUGCUGUACGAACAGAACAGACAGACAAAUAUUCCUUCUGGCGCCAGUGUCCACGAGAUCAGACAAAAUGCUGGGCACACCGAGAGGACUGACCCAGUGUCUAAAUCGAUGGUAUCUGUAACUGUGGGUCAGCAGCAGAUGCUGGUUCCAAGAAAAGCUCCAACAAUGCCAAAGCCACAGUGGCAUCCUCCAUGGAAAUUAUACAGGGUUAUUAGUGGUCAUCUUGGCUGGGUGCGGUGUAUUGCGGUGGAACCAGGAAAUGAGUGGUUCGUCACAGGAGCUGGAGACCGAGUCAUAAAGAUCUGGGACCUGGCAACGGGAACCCUGAAGCUGUCACUGACUGGUCACAUCAGCACAGUUCGCGGUGUUGCGGUCAGCCCCAGACAGCCGUAUUUGUUUUCCUGUGGUGAGGACAAACAAGUAAAGUGUUGGGAUCUGGAGUACAACAAGACAAUCCGACAUUACCAUGGGCACUUGAGUGCGGUAUACUCCUUAGACAUUCAUCCAACUAUUGAUGUUCUUUUGACAUGUGGCAGAGAUGCAACAGUCAGGUGUUGGGAUAUGAGGACCAAGGCCUGCGUUCAUACGAUGGUUGGCCAUCAAAACACGGUUGCCGUGGUGAAAUGUCAGGCUUCAGAGCCCCAAGUAAUCUCGGGAAGUCACGACUGUACGAUCAGGUUGUGGGAUUUAGCGGCCGGAAGAUCAAAGGUUACUCUGACCAAUCACAAGAAGAGUGUCAGAGCAGUAGCAUUGCAUCCUACACAGUACACAUUUGGUUCAGCAUCACCAGACAACAUAAAACAGUGGAAGUUUCCCGAUGGUAACUUCAUACAGAAUUUGUCUGGCCACAAUGCAAUCAUCAACUGUCUGGGUCUCAACUCUGACAACGUACUCGUUUCAGCAGCUGACAAUGGCACCAUGCAUUUCUGGGACUGGAGAACAGGAUACAAUUACCAGCGACUACAGGCAGCCGCACAGCCAGGAUCCAUCGACUCGGAGGCAGGAAUAUUUGCAGUGGAGUUUGACCACAGCGGAACUCGAUUGAUCACGGCAGAGGCCGACAAGACGAUAAAAAUAUACAAAGAGGACGACUCUGCAACCGAAGAUUCGCAUCCUAUUAACUGGCGUCCCGAUAUUCUCAAGAAGAAACGAUACUAAAUGUGGGUUUUAAUGACAGCUUUCUCGAAUGUGGGACGGAGUACCAUUUGGACCAUCUAUUUUCUAUGGAUCAUUCGGUUUCUGAAAGUUUUGAUGACACUGAAGAAACCUCAUUGUGUAACAUUACAAAUAGAUGUGGUUUAGAAUAUGUCAUAAAUCCAGUAUGCUGAUGCACAUUUCACUACCUGUCACCAGUGUGACCAACAUUUUCAGUUGUUAUGGGUCACAACGGACUCAGUUUUUUAACAUGACAUUUUACAAAGCCUUUGAUUCAUGAUUCAUACCAAAAUAAAAUCAUACAAAAAGCG